AUAUAAUAAGCCUUUUGUCUCCACCUCUCCUUUACAACACAGUAUCAAUUUACGCAGAGGAAGUAAUGGAAUCAAAACCCUCAAAUUCUCCUUCAAGCUUAGUCGACCAGCACGUUUUUCCCGGGGAUGUCGUACUGGACCUCUCUAAAAUGACUAAUCAAACUAUCAAGCUUGGAAGCAGCCUUCGUCAGGACGGUGAUGCUAUAUCCGCUAUGAAAGCAGGGAAGCUUAGGUUUGCAAAACCAAACAAGUACUGGGUUGAAAGCUCCCAUAAACGGUAUGUACCUUGUGCUGGGGAUACAGUUCUUGGAAUAGUCGUUGAUUCAAAAGCAGAUUACUUUCUUGUGGAUAUAAAAGCUCCUACAUUAGCGUUUCUGCCAGUGCUUGCUUUUGAAGGUGGAACUCGGAGAAACAUCCCCAAGUUUGAGAUGGGCACUUUGUUGUAUGCUCGUGUUGUCAUGGCAAACACUGGCAUGAACCCUGAGCUAGCAUGCAUGGAUGCCACUGGGAAAGCAGCAGAGUUUGGUCCCCUUAAAGAUGGAUACAUGUUUGAAUCAACAACUGGACUAUCAAGAAUGUUGUUGAAAUCUCCACCAUGCCCCCUUCUUGAGACUCUUGGGAAGAAGCUCGCUUUUGAGAUUGCAGUUGGUUUAAAUGGCCGUGUCUGGGUGAACGCGUCAUCUCCAUCUAUAAUUAUCCUUGUAGCUAAUUCAAUCAUGAAAUCAGAGUCAUUGAGUCCUGUACAGCAAAAGAUUAUGGUGGAUAACCUUCUCCAGAGAGUUCAGUAAAAGAGAGGUUGAACCUAGGGCCAGCAUCACCAAAGAAUGGCUUAGUAGCUGCAUAGGGGUUACGAAACUGGACUAUUUUCGACUCAAGAGUCCCAUCAUUGCAUUGGUCCACUGCUGCCAGCUUGACAAAUACCAUAUUUUUCGAACAUUUUUGACCUGUAGGAGGAUGUCAAUGCGAUUUCCCCACUUAUCUUUCUAUACUAUUUGACACCUGGGAUUCUGGGCUAUGCAAAAAGAUAAAACUUUUUAAACUAGUUUAUGUAGUAUAAACUGUAAUUACUUACAUUUGUUCCUAUAUGUUGAUUAGUUAUCAGUUAGAUGAAACAACAUUUUAUCAUGUCAUUCUAUUGAAAUAUGUUUUUCCACCAGUGAGGAGUUUGCUGGGACCGCAGCUCUAUUGAUACACCUUUCUGAA